AUGAGGGUGGAGGCCAUCAGUCGCUCUGCUGAUAAAGCAGUGGAGGACAGUGAGGAGAUCUUCACUCAGCUGAUCCGUCUGCUUGAGAAAAGAAGGUCUGAUGUGAAGCAGCAGAUCAGAUCCCAGCAGGAAGAGGAAGUGAGUCGGGCUGAAGAAGUUCAGGAGAAGCUGAAGCAGGAGAUCGCUGAGCUGAGGAGGAAAGACGCUGAGCUGGAGCAGCUCUCACACACACAGGAUCACAUCCAUUUCCUACAGAAUUACCCCUCGCUCUCAUGUCUCAGUGAAUCUACACACUCACCCAGCGCCAACAUCCGUCCUCCGAGCUGCUUUGAGGAUGUGACUGCAGCUGUGUCAGAGCUGAGAGACAAACUACAGGAGCUUCUUAGUGAGGAAUGGUCCAAGACCUCACUGACAGGGACUGGAGUUCUCCUGCCACAACCAGAGCCCACGACCAGAGCUGAGUUCUUACGAUAUUCAUGUCACAUCACACUGGAUCCAAACACAGCAAACCCAUGGCUGUCAUUAUCUGAGGGGAACAGAAAAGUGACAUUUAUGACAUAUGUACAGUCAUAUCCCAGACACCCAGACAGAUUUACUGGAUGGAAGCAGGUCCUGAGCAGAGAGAGUCUGACUGGACGUUGUUACUGGGAGGUGAAGUGGAAGGGGAGAGUGGGUAUAGCAGUCUCAUAUCAGGAUAUCAUCAGAACAGGAGUCAGGUUUGAUUGUGGAUUUGGAAACAAUGACAAAUCUUGGACAUUAAUUUGUGACAAAAUGAACUGUGCCUUCAGACACAACUAUAUCACAACUGAAAUCCGGCUCCCUGAGUCCUCCAGAGUGGGAGUGUACCUGGAUCACAGAGCAGGUGUUCUGUCCUUCUACAGCGUCUCUGAAACCGUGACUCUCCUCCACAGAGUCCAGACCAGGUUCACUCAGCCUCUCCAUGCUGGACUGUGGCUUUAUGAUGACACAACCACUGCUGAGUUUUGUGAGCUCAAGUAGACAGGAGGGAUUAAAGCAGUUCUGUUGUCUAUUUCUAUAACAUCUGUGUUGCUAAGCUAUGUAAACAUGGAUUCAAAGAUUAAAUGAAAAUAUGCAUGUGUAUCUAAGACUGUAUUGUAAGAUUGUAUAAGACUGUAUGUUUCAUGGGAACUUGUGUGAUCUGAAGGCCUGGAAUGUAUUUUCUAUGUGAAAUGAAACCAUUCAUCAGUUUGAGCACCAACACAACAUCGUGUCCUGUCACAGCAACACACUGGAUUUCAAACUGGCCCUUAGAUUUCAGUAAAUCCCCCAAAAUUCUGCUUUCAUAACAGAAGCAAAAUGGGAAUGGUGUCCACAAUCCUAAGAAGAAAAGGCAGUUCAGUUCUGAGCUCAAAGUGUCCAUCAAAGCUGCUUUCAUUUCAUCCCAGACACAGUAAAAUGUCAUAAAUGACUUUUGGAUGCAGGUUUUUCUCCCUCCUGUCACUUUGUCUUUUCUGCUGUUCAUGGAGGGCGUUACAGCACUUCUUUGUGUUUUAGCAGCUAAACACGUCAAGACAUACUGUCAGGCACAUUUCCCUGGUCCUUUUGUUUUAGAUCAUUUAUGA